GUUGUGAAAAUGCACGAAACCACCGACAAUAUUAUUUUGUCAGAUCGCGCGCCUUAUUUGAUCUUCACAAUCAUACGACGUCCAAUUUACGCGGGUGUGCUGAUGCUUCGGGGACGGGUAUCCAACCAGCCGAAAGGCACCAGGAAAGCGGGCGGAUAGUUCGGAGACGCAGAUUGGGGGGGGCAAUCGCGUGACAUGGGCACGGACGACGAGGACGGCGGUGCCGGAGCCAACACGCCGCCGGCUGACCCGCUGGAGCGGCGUAGGCGACCGGGCAGGGAACAGUGGUCAAACAAAACGGAUUUCCUGAUGUCGGUCAUUGGAUUCGCCGUGGACUUGGCCAACGUAUGGCGAUUUCCAUACCUGUGCUAUAAGAACGGCGGAGGGGCUUUUUUAAUACCUUAUUGUACCAUGUUGUUGGUUGGUGGAAUUCCUUUGUUCUAUAUGGAAUUGGCCCUCGGGCAAUUUUAUCAAACUGGGGCAAUAACAUGCUGGGGUAGGCUAGUUCCGCUGUUCAAAGGCAUUGGUUACUCAGUCGUCUUGAUUGCGUUUUAUGUGGACUUCUAUUACAACGUAAUCAUAGCAUGGGCAUUACGAUUUUUUCUGGCUUCGUUUACGAACAUUUUACCUUGGACCACCUGUGACAACGACUGGAAUACAGAUUUCUGCCAACCGUUAACGAUAUGGUCAAAUGAUUCAAGUUUAAACUCAAUAGACAACGUUACAGUAUUAGCAAAUGAUUCCCGCUUAGCAUCUGCAUCUUCAGAGUACUGGUUACGGAGAGUGCUCGAAUUAAACCACAGUGAAGGUAUUCAUGAUUUGGGAUACAUUAAAUGGGAUAUGGCAGGAUGUUUGUUUUUGGUUUACCUUAUAUGCUACUUUAGUUUAUGGAAAGGAAUAUCUACUUCAGGAAAAGUUGUUUGGUUUACUGCAUUGUUUCCAUACGUAGUAUUAAUUUUCUUACUCAUCAGAGGAAUCACUUUACCCGGUUCAGCACAAGGCGUCCGUUAUUACUUGUAUCCGAACUUUUCCAUGAUUGCUAAACCAGAGGUUUGGGUUGAUGCGGCUACACAAGUAUUCUUUUCACUAGGUCCUGGAUUUGGAGUAUUAUUAGCAUAUGCUUCAUAUAACAAAUAUCAUAACAACGUUUUGAGAGAUGCAUAUUUGGCAAUUAUGUGCAAUUCAAUAACGAGCUUUUUAUCCGGUUUCGUUAUUUUCACUGUCCUGGGUUAUAUGUCUCAUGUUUCUGGUCGACAAAUUCAACAUGUGGCAACCGAAGGACCUGGGCUAGUGUUUAUCGUUUAUCCUGCAGCCAUAGCAGCCAUGCCAGGAUCAGUGUUUUGGGCUUUGAUAUUCUUCAUGAUGUUACUCAACUUAGGUCUCGACAGUUCGUUUGGAGGAUCCGAAGCAAUCAUAACUGCGAUGAGCGACGAAUUUCCAUUGAUCAGACGCAAUCGGGAAGUGUUUGUGGCGUUAUUGUUUCUUCUCUAUUUUGUGGUCGGUCUCGCAUCAUGUGCUCAAGGAGGAUUUUACUUCUUUAAUUUACUCGAUCGUUACGCCGCCGGUUACUCGAUGCUCAUCGCCGUGUUAUUUGAAACUAUUGCCGUAUCGUGGAUCUACGGUGUCGAUAGAUUUUGUGACGACAUCAAAGACAUGAUGGGCCAUAGUCCUGGCGUUUACUGGAGAUUUUGUUGGCGUUUUGCUGCUCCUCUGUUCUUAGUUUUUAUUAUAGUGUACGGACUGUUGGGUUACGAACCGUUGACUUACGAAGGUUACGUGUAUCCGGCUUGGGCAAAUGUGCUCGGUUGGAUAAUCGCUGGCAGUAGUGUCGCAAUGAUUCCAGCAGUGGCCCUUUAUCAAUAUUUCAACACAUCGGGAACGCAUUUACAAAGAUUGAAAAUUCUGACUACACCUUGGCGUGACGAACACGACGACGAUCCGAUUUCUAUAAACGGACUGCAUAUACUCUCCGAUCCAGCGCAAGUGAGAUUGACCAGUCCAGUUGCAUCCGUAGACGUUUGAGGUCCAAUCGAAAUGUCAUAAUAAUAUUAUACUUGCUGAAAUAGUGAAGUCCAAUGGUUUAUUGACCUUGAGCGAGUGAACAGCUGAUAUCGUCAGUCGUCUAAACACUAGUAUUUACAUUAGUUAUUUUAAUUUAAAAGAUUGCAUUCAUAAUUUUAAUUUGCCUAAUGAAAUAAGUGCUGCCACCAAAAGUGCUUGUGUGUGAAAAUCAAACGGUCAUUUCGAAAUUAUGCUUAAUUGGUUAUAAAAUAGUUGUAGGUAACUAUCGUAAUAAUACAUUAUAUACAGAGUAGGUAAUUAAAACUUUUAUAAUAUAUUAAUUUUAUUAUAAGUAUAUUUAAUCAUUCUUAGAUUUUAAAUAUGAAAAGUUGCAAAGUUGAUGAUUAAACUGAAAAUAUAUUUGUUUUGUUUGGGUCAAUGACAACGAAUACUUAUAUAAAUUACGAUGAUCUCAGUCUCGAAUAAAAUAAUUAUAACAAAUCGUCAUUAACUUCUAACUUGUAUUUUGAUAAUUAAUAAUAAUCAAUAGCACUGUAAGUUUUAGUAUCGAAAGCUGCAGUACAUACAUAAUGUUAAAAUGUAAUAUCAAAUAAUAAAAACGACGGUAAUCUACCGGUGCAGAUAACCGUGAUAAAGAUCCCAUCAUAAUGUACACUACAUAUAUUGGUACAUAAUUUUUAAUUAAUUUUUCUUUUUAUUAAUUAUUAUUAGAAUAGUACCUUUUAUAUAACAUCUUUAAUUAGUGGCUAUUUUUUGGGGAGUAAAAGUCUUACAAUAGUAUUAAAUCUGAAAUUGAAUGAACAGUUAAUAUAGGUAUAUUGUGUAAUCUAUAGUAGGUGGUUUACCAUUUUUGUUUUAUUUUGAUAAAAUUUAAACAUGCCUAAAUAAUUCCAAUGAAAACUAUAUUGAAUGUGGCGUAUUAUAAUAGCUUUAAAAAUAUUAUGUAUAACAAAAAAAAAAAUGAAGAGCUAAACUGUUGGUUUUUUGAUAAAACAAUCUAGUUUUGGGAAAAAAAACUUUUUUAACAUGAUUAAACUUAUCUUUAAUCGUGUUUUUUUAACGAAUAGUAUAUAUAAGUGUAGGUACCACAAUAGAAGUUUUACAAUAGAAACCUAACGCUUUUUGAUAAAUAAUAAAUUUUGGUACCAAUUAGACUAUAGCUAUAGUACCUCAGCUGGUAACUUAAAUGUUAUCUUACCUAAUUACUAAACUUUUGUUUUUGUAAUGUACAAAAUGUGUACAAUGAAUGUAUUGAGUGUAUUAAAUGUAAACAAUCAGUGAUAUUCGUGUUUGAAAAUAACUUUUCAUCUAAGUUUUUUGUUUUAGACUAAUAAUACAAUAAUAUUGUAUAUUCCAAUAUCGAAGUUACUAUAUAGUACGCUGUAAAAGUACAAUACUAAUUAGUGAUAACUGAUAGACGAUAGUUGCCUAGGUAUUCAACACGUUAGUAUAAGUACAUAAAUAAAUUAUAUUCUAGUCGUUCUUAAAUGUAACAAAAUCACUCUUUCACUCCUUCAAAAGUUGUACAUGUGAAGUUUAAAGUUAUGUAGUUCGAACCGUAAUCUAAUACUCGAAUGAUAAAUCGAAUUGGUUGAAAUCGGGGCCAAAUAAUUCACUUUUAUCGGUUUUUUUUUUUAAAAAAACACCGUCUGGAACAAUCUAAAUUUUUCUGAUCUGCGUAGAUAGGUAAUAAUUUAAUAUUCAAAACUCUGUUCACUGAUGAUCUUUAACUUAUAUAAGUGUAGGUAGUAGGUACCUACUAAUAGGUUGCACAAAUGCGAUACGAAAUAAUAUACCGUUAUAGUACCUAUUGCCUAUUACAUACCAUAAAACAUAUUAUAUUCAAAAAACACAUUUUCAAGAUGCAUAGAAACGUUUAGACAAAUGUAUGCUAGGUAGAAAAAUAUAAUCAUGUUAUUGAUUGAUAAUUUAAAGAUAAUUUGGAAUUAAGUUACAUACAGCGAAUAGCGUUGUGUUAAGAAUUUUGGCUGACACCAAUCUUAGUUGUAGAAUAGUCAAACUUUUAUAAAUUGAAUAAUGUAUGUUAGUAGUUAGUGGGUAGGCAUAUACCUAUAUUAUAUUUGUAGUAGUUAAUUACCUAGGUACUAGUUAACGAUAGUUAAGUAAAAAAUAAAAUAUUUGUUGAAAUAUGUAAUGAAACAGUAGUUUUUUUAGUCAUUGGUUUUUAUAUUAAUCGAUAUAUUGUUAAGGUUUUAUUAAUGUACUACUUAUUUGUAUUAUUUAUAAAUAAUUAUAAAACAGUCUGAAUCAACAAAAUGUUAACGAUACGAGCAUAAAAAAAAUCGUGUAUAUAUAAUAAUGUGAAAUUAAUAUAUAAUUAUAUAAUUAUAUAGGUACCUUAUAAUUAAUAUAUUAAAAUAGUAUGUAAGUCUUAUUAUACAUUAUUUAUAUUAUAUUCAAAAUGAUUAACAAUCAAUUAUUAAAAUAUUAUUAAUAUUUAGACUAGAAACGUAUUGAACAUUUUUAAAUCAUAAUAAUUUAUAUUCGAAUAUUAAAGUGAUAAAUAUACAUCACUUUAAUCAAACAUGAUUUUAUAAUGAUAAAUAAUAUUUGCUUUUGUAGAAUAAAUUAUUAGAUGCUAUAUACCUAUUACAUUUCAUUGUAAUAAAAUUCAAACAAUAAUAUAAAUAACCAAAAAAAAAAUUAAACGUUUGUAUGUCAUUAUAAUUAUACCCACAAGGCACAAAUAUAUAACAAUAACAUAAACUUUCAAUGUUG